CAUUAUUACUAAAUCAUUGUGUCAUUUUGUCCAAACAAAAAUCAUCCAAAAAAUGUGAUUUAAACAACAAAUUCCAAGAAAUGGAACAAAAAUACACCAACUGCAACAUGACCGGAGAAUCGCCGCAGUUUCGACAAAUAAUGGACCCCCUAAUAGAGGCUUUAGUCAAACCAGACUAUUUGAAAAGGGACCUCUUUUUCGCUUUAUUGCUCAUUGCAAUGAAAGAAAACGACUUCCUACUACUUAAAAAUGUCGACAGCGGAUCUAUCAACAUCAUAGACUACAUGGUUACUAAAAAAUCCAAGAAUGUUAUACACGAAGGCAGUUUUGUCCUCAACGGAUUCCAGGACAUGCCAUUGAAGAUCAUCGCCUGUCCCAUAAACGACACUAUACUGAUCAUUGCUACAAUACCAGAACUUUACAAACACGCUUACUCACUGUGUGUGAAAUUGAACAAGUUUAUUCAUAUCUCACCGCUCGGAAUCCCGUCGCAUUUCACAAAUUUAAACGAACUCUUCAUAGAUUUCAAGGAUAAAAUUGUAAAUCCAGUGAAAGGCACCAUAUUGAACUACCAUAAAUUCCCGAGCGCGAAUCUUUUCGGUCUCCCAGACGAUAUUGUUCAUCAAAUACUCCUGAGUUUGGCUGUCAGAGAUGUAUUGAAUAUAUCUGAAUGUUGUAAAAGGCUCCAUAGAAUUGUAAAAGAGGAUUCACUAUGGUUCCGGAUUUAUGGCAGAGAUUUUCCUAAUAAACAUAAAAGUGAGGAGAGAUGCUGGCGGGAGGCGUAUGUUGAGGAGUAUUUGUUGAAACAAGAGGAGAAAUUUACGCUUCGGAGCGACGCCGAGACGGAGUUCCAAGACUUUGCGAUGCCAAAUUACACUAGACAUGUACCCGAGUCGAGAUGGGAAGUUAUUUUGUGAAGUACGCUUUGGUUGUCUUCGUUUACGUUAUUGGAAAUUUCACAGGGAGGCUCGUCAACAAUCCUGGGUAUACGCUUUAAUUUGAAUUUGUAUUCGGGAAAUGUUUUUGGAUCGUAGCAAUUCAUCUUGGAGUUGUUUUAAUUGUUUUGAUUCUUGGAACGGAAGAUGAAACGGCGUUUAAUGUAAACAAACAGGUUUGCUCUUGU